UCAGAUAGUCCCCACAGGCAUAUGCAGGAUCAACUAUCUAAGACACGACACAUUGACAAUCGGUUCACCGAGCUUGUCACCUAGAUGACUAUCUCUUGCAUGCGCAACAGUUUUCUUCUCACCUGGAUGGUGUCAAUGUUUCCCAUGGCGUAUCCUUUGACAGCCAUAUGGCACUCCCGCUGCCGAACACACACGAAGAACUCGCCGCCCACAGGGCCGCCGACAACCACCGUGCCCCCGAUCUGCUGGAAGUCACGAGCCUUUUCGCAGCCCCUUCCAGGUUCUUCGACCAGAUAGUUCUGUCGGGGCGGUUGCGGGCAGUAGCAAAUCUGGGCACACAGAGCAAACCCAAAUGGGUGCCUCAUUCGCAGCUGAGUAUUGUACUGUUGCAAUUUAUCCCUCACGGUGAAGUCGCCCGGCGUCUUGGCCCUUCCGAGCUGGUAGGUGUUAUUGUACCAAUCAUAGAUCAGGUCGCUGCUGUCGAAAAGCUUGGCGGGAAUGGCAAGCCGCGACCCUUCUGGGGGAUUAUCGAAGUCAUCGAGUGCCGGUGGGUCACAAAUGCCGCAGACUUGUCCGUGAGCGCACAAGCGCACGUGGUCCGUCCUUCUCAUGCUGUAGCCCGUCACUUGGAUUCGACAAGGCUCCCCGCCCCGACAUGCAUGCACCUGCCAGUGAAACGGGCCUGAAAGGAGGCCACGACUUGGUAAUUCCGCCCGUCGGGGCAUCUCUGUGGACCUACCUCUGCAUAUGAGUCGGCCCAGCUCGAUGUGUGUCUUGAAGUUUCCGAUCGUCAGCCGUGUCUCAUCCAGAUGCCUCAGUGCGUCAUGGUCAGCUGAGCCAUUAGGCAGCCGGGCCGGGAUCACCGUAUUGUUAUAGGUGUAGCACACGCCCAAGACAGAGGCUUGGAGGGGCGGAUUGAAGGAGAACGUUGCAUGUGUCUGAUUAGAAGAUGUGGCCUGAAGGACUUAAAGGAAGCAAUGAAUAACGAUUCAUCAGUACAUGCCAUGUCUCCUUCUCACAACGACGGGAUUGUCCCGCGGGAAGACGUCAUGGUCGGAAUCAAUGAAGGGGACCGAGCAGUCGAAGCGUGCCACCGACGGGGGGAACUCGCCAGUCGCAUCGACUACCGAUGGCACUAACGUGAUGAUUUGGGCCUCUGUCUUCUGCAGAUUGAAGCCUGCCACCUCCACUUCACAGCUGUAUCCCCAGUUGCAGAUGUAUGUCGGCUGCUCGCGGAUGUACUUGCCCUCCGGACCUGUUCCAGGAAUGAGAGCAGCGAAAGGAGGGGGGGGGACCAAGGCCAGAUACUGAGAGAAUGAAGCGGAAGACGAUGUCUUUAUGUUACCUGCUACGUGAAUCGUGCCAGCGUCUUGGUCGAAGUGCGCCGUGCCGUUGCAUGAGUAGAAAGUGGAUUGGCAGUAGCACACCUGCACCGUGCGACAGCUCAUGUCUCACGGCACGAACUCCAACUCACUUUUGUGCCGUCUUUUUGACUGACCUACGUACUUUGAAUCGAAAAUCGCCUCCCUUGUUCUCGCCACCUGGGCGAGAAAUUCCACUCUGUUCCUUCCGUGUUCCAUAUUCAUGUCUCCCUUACCGCAGUCGCCAUCUAGUGGGCACAGAUCCCUGAAAAUCAGCUCUUCGCCAGAGCACCCACCACCAGGGCUGCAAAGAGUGAAAGAGGAUGCCAUCCAUGAACAUAGUCACCGUGUUAAUGUUAGAGCCAGCCAUCGUCGCUCGUCCAGCUGACCAGUCGAAGCAGCUCCACGAGCACAAGUCCACAAGCCUUCCCUGAUAGUAGAUGUUCGUGCACCAAGAGCAAGCGCCUCCCAUAUACACGUAGUUGCCAAAGAUGCAUGUUGUCUCAUCCAGCUGCCAACACGGACCUGAGACCAAAGCCGGCCAGUCAGUCAGGUUGAGCAUGCUUGCAGAUAAGUGCAGUCACCUCCGAACGUCUUGUAGGUGUCUAUCGCUGAGAAGGAGAACACUUGGUAGUCGCUGUCGUUAGAGUGGAUGAUCGGUGAAGCAUAGACGGGGAAAUGGUCCGAGAUCUGCGGCGGCCAGGUGCUGGGAUCCACACUGCCGCACUGUGCUUAUGCACAGCGAGACAUCAGCCAGUCAAAUCUUCGUCACUGACUGGAAAGCUGUCUUAUUGUCUCACUCGGCUCGUCUCGGGCACCACUUGGACCCUGCUGCUGUCCAAGAGCUCCUCCCUAAACAAGCAAUACAGUAAGCACACAAGAUGCCUCUCUUUUGUCUGUCCUGGUGGCUUGCCGACCCUCUGAGCAGAAAGACACAGUCGCUAUUCUCACGAUGGCAAAAGAAACUCAAAUCGGCGUACACGCCUGAAUGGGCGACAUGCAUCGAUGACAUACUGAUAGAUACAUGACGAUUGAUUCAUGCAUACCUCCCAGGGUCAGCUCCCCCACAUCGAAGAGAUAGUCACUCUCAGACAGACUCAGCUCAGUGGGCGGGCACCAGCAUAAGCGAUAUGAGCCCGGUUCAGGUUUCUUGUUCUCCAGACGGGCGUCAAACCCAUACACUCCUGCAGGGGCGACCAUCGGCACAGCUGUCGCGUUGCCUGGCCUCUCGUGCCGCAGCAGGGCAGCACUGCGGAUGCCAACUGCAGGAGUGUGGGUGUGAGGGGCGGCGCAAACAGUGUCGUUCUGAUAGGCCUGCGGGGACGGACGUUGUGGCAGAGCCAUGCGAGAGAGACAUCACAUCGAUGGUAAGGGCUCUCCCACCUUGAUCAUUCCUCCUUUGCUGUGGCGAAUGUCAUCGCCUUCAAUCGCUAUGAAGCACCUAUCUAGACCAGCCUGACUGCCGCAUCUGACCGAGUUGCCGGCCUUCGGGCCUGAAAGCAGGGAGGCACAGUUGGAUACGGACGCGCGACUACAUUGAACAAUGGCACUGCACUACUCCCUCACCGCCUACGAAGAGGUGCGCCAUCAAGCUGUCGAAAUGCGUCCCAUCGUUGGCAUCACAGACACCCCUGACGGCCCUUCGACAGAGACACACCACAUAUGAGCCCGCACCAUAGUCGCUCCACUCCAGGCCGUCAUACAGCGACUGCAGGCCCUCACUUGACGGGCGUCUCUUCCACGGCAGCCCCGUGUCUCUGCCGGGGUAGAUGACAGAUGGGUGGGAUGUGUGUGACGCGGCUGCGCCACAGCCUGUGGAUGCCUCCACGAUGCUAAUCAGGUCGCUGUCGGUCAUGCGCGGGCACUGAGGAGACAUGAGAGGUAAGUCGGCACACGGACAAGCUGGCUCGUGUGUUUACCGCUGCGUCUGUCUGGUUGUAGUCGAUGGUGAUAUCGCCACUCUGCAGCAGCAGUGUGGUAUUCGAGCCCACCCAAGCAUAACGAAGAUUCGGCACGCCUGCAUACAUCAAACUAUGCAUACAUACAAAGAUCCAGCCGUCUUAUCUACCUUUGACAUAGACCAGCCCCACAGGAAUCCGGUAGUCAGUGGCAUUCACAACACAUCAUUUCGAGCACUCCAGCACACGACAUAGGUCAUAAAUCCGCCGCCCUGUGGCGUCCCUAAAUCAUAAGUCCUGUUAGUGCUGGUCCCUCCCGCAAUAGGCAGGCCCGACUGGCUGACGUUGGGCACAGCGACAGGCAGCGAACCGAUGCCAGCGUCUGCCGGUCUACUGGCGCAGGGAGUGGACGAAUCCGUCUGAAGGUUGGUGGCCACCUUGAGAAUCACCGAACUGUCGAACGGCAGUGAAGUACCUGCACAAGGAGGUGGACAUGAUCUUCUUCGGGCGUGAAUGCGCACGUGUGCAUGCCUGACCUUCCACAGAGAUUAAGCAUGGGCUGCCGACCUCGCAGCUAAUGCGCGAGUAAGAAGGAAUGGCCCCUGCGACAAACAAAUGUGUUGCCCUUGCUUAUUUUCCCUCUGCAAAUGGCAAGCCACGUACCAACGGCAUCGAAUUCACCAUCGAACACAUCGGCCUCAGAUCAUUGUACGGACACCAGCACAUCUUGACCCUCCCGCUCUCCCCAAACACAUAGCUCGCCCCGUCGACUCGUCCGCACAUGAUCCCGCUGCCGCCAUGGGCCACCGAGGUGCACUCCAUCUCCAUCAUCUCCUCGAAUGUGCGUGGAAGAAAGAGAGAGGCAGGGACAGUCGGCCGGAAGGGCGGGCAAUCGUAGGCGGGAUCUACGAGGAUGAUUCUGUCUGAGGUGUCUGAGAAGUUCCACGCCGUGAUGAAGGGGUCCAGCUUGGGGAUGAAGAUGGAGAGAGACUCGCCCACUGCCACUGUGAAGGGCCCCUGGAAGAGGACCUCGCGGGCGAUCUCCUCAUUUGGUUGCGCGUUAACGACGGGGUACAGUAGACAGAUGAGCAU